GAUAAGUAACUAACUUCACACGGCUUUAAUUGACGUGGACUGGAAAUAAUCGUGUGUAUGUCUCUAUUUAUCUGUUUUCCCCGGUUUUUCGUGUAAAAAUAUGGCGGUUACUGAGUUGACGAAUGCAUUAAAAGAUUUACCAAAUCGUGUUCAAACCGCCAGUAAAAAUGAGCGACGUGAAAUUCUACAGAAUGUCGCCAACGUGUUGUCAAAUCCUGGUAUCAACGAGAAGAUCGUGGGCGGAAUAUGUAAAGUCAUUGGAAUUACUUUACAUCGAUAUAAAGAUACUGCCUCACAGUCCUACGUGAAAAAUUUGAUAAUAUCAUUAUUGAAAGAACAAUCGGAAGCUGCUGUGAAAAAUAUGACGAGUGUUAUUUGCGAACAAUCCAAUUGGCAUAAAAAUGUUGUUCCAACCCAUAACACAGCAUUGACUGCGUAUCAUGCAUUAAAAUGGAGUACAUUAAUCGUUCAUUAUGGCUUAGGCAAUAAAGAAAACGAAUCAAAUUUCUCCGAAUUAUCAAAAUUAAUAGAAGCUCAAGCAAAUUUAAGCGCUGCAGCCAUAGCAUCAGGAGAUAAAAAAUUAUCAAGAAAAGUUUACACACUUGUUGUUAAUCAAUGGAACGUAGUCAAUGGUAUUCAUGAAAAAUAUGUGGAAAAUUUAAGCACUUUGGAAGCAAGCAAUGGAGUUAUUGUACUUGCAAGUCUUCUUAUGAAGUAUUUAGUAGACACCAAGCAGGAUGAAAUGGUCGAAAAACUAAAGAAUGGCACACUUGACACCUUUAUAAAAGUGAGCAUCAGCUGCAAAAAGAAACCUGAACUUUAUGUAGUCGAUGCUGCCGUUCCAUUUUUACAACGUGUUUCUCAUGACGAUUUCAAAACUCAUUUACUACCAGCCCUUCAAAAGUCAAUGCUUCGUAAUCCCGAAAUAAUAAUUGAAUCCGUUGGUCACAUUCUCACUGGCCUCAGUCUUGAUUUAAGUCGAUACAGUCAGGACAUAAGUAAGGGUUUAUUUGCCAAUCUUCAUUCAAAAGAGGAUUUAGUUCGUGACGAAGCGGCCGACGCUUGUCGACGUCUUGCUCUUCAAUGUUCCGAUUCAUCGGCAGUCGAGGAUCUUCUUGCAUCAGUUUUUGCCGUUUUCAAUGGUUCCGAGGGUAAACUCACAGUGGCAACGCAUAAAAUUUCCGUUCUUCAAGGCGCUGGUAAUUUGAGUUUUAAUUCCGUUAGCGGAAUGAAUGUGGAAAAACUCGCCGCUAAAGCUUGCGGUCAUUUCAUUGAAGUUUUGAAAACCGAGGUUCAUGAGAAGACACUAAUUCAUGGAAUUGAAAUGAUGACAUUGUGGUCAAAUAAAUUUGUCAAUGAAAUUCCAAAGAGUGUGAUUGAUAUCUUUAAAAUUGGAAUGACGGCAAAAACAUCAACAGCCGGUGUGAGAACGGCUUAUAUUAAAAUGUUCUUCACUUCAUCAAUUGCUUCGCAGUCUUCGGUGAUUGCUCCCCUUUUAACGCAAGCGAUUGGUAGAGCCUCGCAGCAAAGUGCUCAAUUUACAGCCGUCACUGAAGGUGUUGUUGCCUCUUAUCUUCUAUUAAAAUUAAUUUUCGCCGAACAAGUUGAAAAUGAUAAACAAAGUAUCCUAUGGACAGCGAUUGACGAUCAAAUUUUCUUCUCAGAAAAAUUUCUCUCCACCUGCAACGAUGAAAUACUCUUCUAUUUGAUGCAACUUUGUGAACGAUUAAUUAGCGAAUUUUCCGAUCGACUCAAUGAAAAAGCACUGAUUGGAAUUCAUAAAGCAAUUGUCGCCUGUCUUACAGCAUCAAAAUCUCUAACACGUAGACGUUGUGCUCCUUUGGCGAAAAAAAUUUUAAACGCCCUAAGCACAUACGAUACAGUAAAAUCGCUUCUUGGUGAAUUUAAUAAACUUCUUGAAACUGCAAAAAUUGCCGAAACAGAAAAUAAAGAAGAAACACCUGGUGAAAUUACUGGUCGAGCACUUGCCGAUGGUCUUCUUGCCAUUUGUUCAGGUUCAUUUUUAUUCGAUCAACCGGCAAUGGAACUCAUUAAAGAUUCAUUAAUAUCCUCUCAUCAUCCAGCAAUUCUCAAAGCAAAUCCAAAUGUUUGGUUUAAAAUAUUGAAAAAUUUUAAAUUUACUGUUGAUGAUUUUUUCAAAUAUUUUGGCAACGAAGUAAAAUGUAUUUUCACAAAGGACUAUAAACCAACGCCGAGCUAUGAGAAUGCUUUAGCAAAAAUUAUGCAACUUGCGCCUGAUAUGAUUUUACCGCCUCUUGUACGUUCGAUUGUUGAAAAAUUGGACGAUCCAGAAAUAUUGAAAAUAACUAAGGAUGAAUAUUUUACUUAUUUGACGCCUGAGGGUGAAUUAUUUGACAAAAGUGUUUUGCCAGGAAAUGAUGAUGAUAUUCUCAGUUCAAUGAAUAUGAAGAGAGAGAGCAAGGUUUAUUCAUUUAAGGAACAACAGGAGGAACUUCAAUUGAGAAGGGAAUUGUAUGAGAAACAGAAAAAGGAGGGGAAAAUUAAGGAACCAAAACUUACACCAAAGCAGGAGGAAGCUUUGAAGGUUCAAUUCGCCAAGGAAACGGCAAUAAGAAAACGUCUCACGACUCUAAAUGCAAAAAUCCUAGACGUAGUCUCAUUGAUAAAUGGCCUCCUAAGAGGAAAUCGAACCGAAUUAUCCCUCUAUCUAAAAGAUCUUUUACCGGCGAUUUUAAAAAAUUUAUCCUCUCCCCUAGCCGCGCCUACAAUGUCCGAAAUUUUUCUCCUUCUAAAAAAAACCGUAACAAUAUCAAGUGAUUCAACUCUCAGCGAUUUAGUAGCCCACGUGACACUUCGUCAAUUUCAACCACAGUGCGAUUUAGAUCCCGCAUGGGAGGAAGAAUCCCUGGACAAAGCAGUAAAAAGAACGUUGCACUUUAUUCACCAUCACAUUGUCAAGCAGAAGGAAUUAUUUUCCGCUCCUGCAUUCUGUUACGUGUUUCCCUUUGUAAACAAGACUCUUUUGUUUUGUAAGGACGAUGGAAUGAUCACACAAGGUUUACAAGUGAUUCAGGAUCAAGCGAAACAACGAGGCGACGACGUGACUAAUGUAAAAGAUCUCCGACAUCCACGUUUAUUGCCUAGGAAACAGAUUUUCGAUUUGUUAAUUGAGCUGAUGAGUAGUACAACAGGAAGAGUGCAAUCGCAUGCUGUGGCAACUUUAUUGGAUGUCGCAAAUUCUGGAAGUGGUGUCGAUUCAGCGGCUUUGGCAACGAGUGAAGAAAUUGAUUCCUUAACGGGAGCAUUGCAAAAUUCGCUGCCAGCGGUUAGGGACGCGGCACUUCGAGGUCUUGUCGUUGUACAUAGAGCUUUUUCAAAUAAGGAGGAUUAUCCCGAUUUAAUUAGACUUACGCGAAGAAUUUGGGUUGCCCGUUCGGAUAUCUGUGAGGAGAAUAAGGAACUUGCUAAGGAAUUAUGGGAGAAAGCGGGUUUGGAGGCGAAGAGUGAAAUACUUUGCUGCGAUCUUAUUCAGGAUGUUGCGCAUCCCGUUGAACCGAUACAACAAGCUGCUGCCUGUGCCCUUGCGGAAUUAUUAAAUCGCGAUUCGUAUCUAAUGCCGAAUAUUCUUGAACUUUUGUUAGAGCUCUAUCAAGAGAAGUUAGCGAUGAUACCACCGAAAUUGAACGAUUUCGGUAGAGUUGUAGAGCAGCCAAUCGAUACAUGGGGACCGAGAAGAGGAGUUGCUUUAGCCCUCGCGCAACUUGCUCCUCUCUUGACUCCGGAGACAAUACAUCGUUUAGUUCAAUUUUUUGUUUCUACGGGUUUGGGAGACCGUAAUCCCUCGGUUAGGAAUGAAAUGUUAACAGCUGCGGUUGCUGCGGUGGAUCUUCACGGUAAGGCGAAUAUCACUUCACUUCUGCCUGUUUUCGAGGAUUUUAUGGAUAAGGCUCCGAAAAUUGGUAGUUUUGAUUCGAUAAAACAGUCGGUGGUGAUAUUAAUGGGUUCGUUGGCGCGGCAUUUGGAGAAGGAUGACGCGCGAAUUAAACCAAUUGUUAUGAGAUUGAUAGCGGCGCUUUCGACCCCUUCGCAACAAGUGCAGGAAGCAGUGGCCAAUUGUCUUCCGCAUUUGGUGCCGUCGAUUAAGGAAGACGCACCGAAGAUCGUUGAUAAACUGAUGGAUCAAUUAUUGAAGUCUGAUAAAUACGGAGAGCGUAAGGGAGCGGCUUAUGGACUCGCGGGACUUAUCAAAGGAAUGGGAAUAUUGGCUUUGAAACAAUUGGAUAUAAUGACGACGCUAACGAAUGCGAUACAGGAUAAGAAGAAUUAUCGACAUCGAGAAGGAGCUUUGUUUGCGUUCGAAAUGCUGUGUAUGAUGUUGGGAAGGCUCUUUGAGCCGUAUAUAGUCCAUGUGCUACCGCAUCUACUUCUUUGUUUCGGUGAUUCGAGUCAGUAUGUUCGAGCAGCUACCGAUGAUACAGCUAGAGUGGUAAUGAGCAAACUUUCAGCUCAUGGUGUAAAAUUAGUUUUGCCGAGUUUGUUAGCAGCUUUGGAGGAGGAUUCAUGGAGAACAAAAACCGGAAGUGUUGAACUAUUGGGAGCGAUGGCUUACUGUGCACCAAAACAAUUGAGUAGUUGUCUGCCUAGCAUUGUACCGAAAUUAAUUGAAGUAUUAAGUGAUUCGCAUACAAAAGUUCAAGAAGCCGGAGCUGAGGCUUUGAAAGUAAUUGGUAGUGUUAUUCGUAAUCCGGAAAUUCAGGCAAUUGUUCCAGUUUUAUUAAAAGCGCUUCAGGAUCCUUCGAGAAAGACAGCGACUUGUUUGCAGACUCUUUUAGAUACGCAGUUUGUUCAUUUUAUCGACGCACCAUCAUUGGCGUUAAUAAUGCCAGUUGUUCAACGCGCUUUUAUGGAUCGUUCGACUGAGACUCGAAAAAUGGCGGCGCAAAUUAUUGGCAAUAUGUAUUCGCUUACGGAUCAAAAGGAUUUGACACCGUAUUUACCGACAAUUAUACCGGGACUUAAGACGAGUUUAUUGGAUCCAGUGCCGGAAGUUCGGAGUGUUUCGGCGAGAGCAUUGGGUGCAAUGGUUCGAGGAAUGGGUGAAUCUAGUUUUGAGGAUCUUUUACCGUGGUUGAUGCAGACUUUGACUUCGGAAACAAGUAGUGUUGAUAGAUCGGGAGCAGCGCAGGGAUUAUCGGAAGUUGUUCGUGGUUUGGGAGUUGAGAAAUUGCAUAAAUUAAUGCCGGAAAUUAUUAGCACAGCCGAGAGGACUGACAUUGCUCCACAUGUGAAGGAUGGGUAUAUUAUGAUGUUUAUCUACAUGCCUUCGGCGUUUACAACGGAAUUUACGCCCUAUAUUGGACAGAUUAUAAAUCCGAUUUUAAAGGCCCUGGCUGAUGAGAAUGAAUAUGUUAGGGAAACGGCAUUAAAAGCUGGACAGAGAAUAGUUACACUCUAUGCAGAUUCGGCGAUUAUGUUACUAUUACCAGAAUUGGAGAAGGGAUUAUUUGACGAUAAUUGGAGAAUUCGGUAUUCGUCGGUACAGUUACUUGGUGAUCUUCUUUAUCGAAUUUCGGGGGUUUCUGGCAAAAUGUCCACGGAAACGGCGAGUGAGGAUGAUAAUUUUGGAACGGAACAGUCACAUAUGGCUAUUAUCAAGGCGUUGGGUGCGGAAAGAAGGAAUCGAGUAUUGGCUGGUCUGUACAUGGGACGUUCGGAUGUGGCUUUAAUGGUCCGUCAAGCGGCACUUCACGUUUGGAAAGUGGUUGUGACAAAUACUCCAAAGACCUUGAGGGAAAUACUCCCAACGUUGUUUAGCUUACUGCUGGGAUGUUUGGCAAGUACAAGUUUUGAUAAACGUCAGGUUGCAGCAAGAACAUUGGGUGAUUUGGUUAGAAAACUCGGUGAAAGAGUGCUGCCGGAAAUAAUUCCAAUUUUAGAAAGGGGUUUACAGAGCGAGCAAGCUGAUCAACGACAGGGUGUUUGUAUUGGACUUUCGGAAAUAAUGGCGAGUACAAGUAAAGAUAUGGUUUUGACAUUUGUCAAUAGUUUGGUUCCAACGGUGAGAAAAGCAUUAUGUGAUCCAUUGCCGGAGGUUCGUCAAGCAGCGGCGAAAACAUUUGAUAGUUUACACACAACAGUGGGUGUUAGGGCAUUGGACGAUAUUUUGCCGACUAUGUUGGUACAAUUGAAUUCUUCGAAUCAAGAGGAGGCGGAAAAUACACUUGAUGGUUUGCGUCAGGUGAUGGCGAUUAAAUCACGUGUUGUUCUUCCGUAUUUGGUGCCUCAAUUGACAUCGCCACCUGUUAAUACUAAGGCAUUGUCGAUUUUGGUGAGCGUUGCCGGCGAAGCAUUAACGAGAUUUCUUCAUAAAAUUCUCCCAGCACUUUUGACAGCGUUGUCUAGCUCGCAGGGUACUGCAAAUGAAAUGCAAGAAUUGGAAUACUGUCAGGCGGUGAUUUUAUCCGUUACGGAUGAAACUGGAGUAAGAACGGUGAUGGAUCAAUUGAUGGAUGCAACGAGAUCAAAGGAAACGCCAAUUAGACGAAGUGCUGCAACACUUUUGUGUGCAUUUUGCCGUGAUACAAGGGCUGAUUACAGUCAAUAUGUUCCUCAACUUUUAAGGGGGCUUAUUCAUCUUUUUACCGAUGAGGAUCGAGAUGUUCUACAAAUGAGUUGGGAGGCCCUAACUGCUGUUAUAAAGACUGUUCCAGCGCAUGAGCAAAUUAAUUAUGUACAAGACAUAAGACAGGCGGUACGUUUUGCAGCAUCUGAUCUUAAGGGUCAAGAUAUGUUGCCUGGUUUUUGUCUUCCCAAGGGAAUAACACCUAUUUUACCAAUAUUCCGCGAAGCUAUACUCAAUGGUGUACCGGAAGUUAAAGAACAAGCGGCUCAGGGUCUUGGUGAAGUUAUUAAACUCACAAGUGCAACGGCUUUACAACCAAGUGUUGUACACAUUACAGGACCGUUGAUAAGAAUUUUGGGCGAUCGUUUUAAUUGGAGUGUGAAAGCUGCUGUUUUGGAGACACUUGCAAUUUUAUUGGGAAAAGUUGGUGUGAUGUUGAAACAAUUUUUACCACAAUUACAAACAACAUUUUUGAAAGCACUUAAUGAUAGUAAUCGACAAGUUAGACUCAAGGCAGCGUAUGCUCUCAGUAAUCUUAUUGUUAUUCACACGAGAACUGAUCCUUUGUUUGCGGAAUUACACAGUGGAAUUAAAACCGCCGAUGAUCCAUCAAUUAGGGAAACAAUGCUACAGGCGCUUCGUGGAGUAAUAACUCCGGCCGGUGACAAAAUGACGGAACCAUUAAAGAAACAGGUGCUUGUCACUUUAACGGGAAUGUUGGGGCAUCCUGAGGAUGUGACGAGAAGUGCAGUUGCUGGUUGCUAUGGAGCUCUUGUUCGUUGGUUAAAUCCAGAUCAAUUGACAUCGGCAAUAAAUGAUAAUUUAUUGUCAAAUGAUGUUAAUGCCGAUUGGAUGCUUCGACAUGGACGUUCAGCGGCACUUUUUGUCACUCUCAAAGAAUCGCCAUUAACAAUUUACACGGAAAAUAAUAAAGAUCGUAUUUGUAAAGUUAUACUUACGCAUUUGUCCGCUGAUCGAACACAAAUUGCCAUGAAUGGAGUGCGUGCUUGUGGUUAUCUAUUUCAAUAUCUGAUGCUUGAGGGACUACCAAUUCCUUCGCAAAUAAUGACACCAUUCGUUAGGUCAAUGAAUAACAACAGCAAUGACGUUAAACAAUUAUUGGCAAGAGUUUGUAUUCAUCUUGCUCGAAAUGUAUCGUCUGAAAAAAUGUCACCUGAAUUGUUAAAAUCACUUCUUCCAAUGUUGGUGAAUGGUACAAAGGAAAAAAAUGGUUACGUAAAGGCUAAUAGUGAAUUGGCACUCAUUGCAGUUUUAAGGUUAAAACAAGGCGAUGAGGAACAUCAGCGUUGUGUCGCUCUUCUUGACGCCGGAGCGAAGGAAUCCCUCACUGAUGUUGUCAGCAAAGUUCUACGUAAGGUCCUCUCGCAGCCAGAAGGCAAAAUUGAGGAAUUGGACGAUACGUUACUCACAUGAGAGAUAUUGCAUUUUCUGGGGCUUUAUAAUCCUCAAUUCUCUUCUGUUUCCAAUUGGAAAAACAAUUUCCCCCAAUCCAAUUAUCAUCAUCAUCAUCAUCAUCAUAAUUCGUACUUGACGCGUCCUUUUUCCAUUCGAAAUGAAAAAUUUAUCACCUCCUAUAUAAUGAAACAAUUCAAUGAUAUCAGAUGUAAUUCAUUAUCAAUGGCACAUAAAUUAAUAAAAUUACGUGGCUUAUUGAAUUGUUCAAAUAACAUUGAGGAAAAUCCAACAAUUAAUAAUGAAGAAAAUCAUUUAAUAAUGGAAAAUAACAAUUUACCAGGUAUGUGUCAUUAUUUAAUGAAUGUGAAUAAUAAUGAAAAUAUUCACAAUUCAUAUUCGACUGAAAAAUUUGUGUCCUUGACUCAAUUUAUUAUAAUUAAAGAUUUAACAACGUUUAAAGAUUUUUUAUCACUUAAUUAUUAUUAUCAUUUAAGAAAUGAAAAUCGUUUAAUUGACAUUAAUUUCACUGGAGUGAAUAAUAAUAAUAAUAAUUAUAAUAAUAAUAAUAAUUAUAAUAAUAAUAAUAAUAAUAAUUGCACGUUCUUGAUGAAAUUUCUAGUCAAACUUUAUUAUUGGCAAUUUUUACAAUUUAUUUGUUAUCGCAUUUAUUAUUGUGAAAAAUUGCCAGAAACAUUUUUUCCGCCAUGAUUACAUUGUCCUUUAAUUAUUUAUUGAGUUUUGCAAUUUAAAAAAAAAAAUAAAAAGGUAAAUCCGUUUUAUUAAAAACUAAGUGUGUAAAGCGAGACAAACAAUCUUAACGCGCUCUCGAAUUUUUACUGUUAAGAUGUGGCGCUGUGUAAAUGUCGAAAAUGCGGAAAACAACUUUUUUUUGUCGCAUGUCUACGAAUUGAAUAGUUUUAUUUCAUUUUUUCCUUCGUUUCAGCUUUUUUUUAAUAAUAUACUUUAAUUUUUUAUUACUGAAUUUUUUCUAACAUAUUUUAAAAUAAAGAAAUAAUAGAA